AAAAGCGUUUCCCGUAAGCGUCUUAACCACACGAACAAAGAAGUUUGUAACAAAGCCCAUUUUUCUCGUUCUGUUUCAGCAAUCAUGGCGCACUUCUUCUUCCUGGCUGCGUUCUUCUGGCUGAACACGAUGUGCUUCAACAUCUGGUGGACGUUCAGAGACCUGAGACCAGCGAGCUUGGAAAAAGGCCAAGAGAACCUCAGACUCCGCGUGUACGGCUGUUACGCUUGGGGUGGCCCCCUUCUGGUCGCCGGUCUGGCCGCCCUUCUGGAUCAUCUUCCGCCUCAGCCUCAGUACACCUUCCUCAGGCCUCGUUUCGGCGAGAAACAGUGUUGGUUCUACGGUGACAUGGAGAUCCUGGCAUACUUUUUCGGACCCAUCGGUGUUCUUCUGGCGGUAAAUCUAUUAUUCUUCGCUGCGACUGCUCGCGAGCUGACGUGCGGACUGUGGAAGGGUGAAUUCGUGAAAAGCACCACCGAAAGAGCCGCGCUUGGCCGCGUUUGCAUGAAGCUAGUGGUCGUGAUGGGUGUCACCUGGGUGGCCGACGUGGUCUCAUGGGCAGUCGGCGGGCCCCAGUACAUCUGGUAUUUCACGGACAUGAUAAACGCGUUCCAAGGGGUGCUGAUAUUCGCGGUGGUUGGCUGCCAGCCUCAAGUCCGGGCCGCUUUGAAGCGGAUCUGCAACAGGAACCCGAGAACGAACGCGGAAAGACAGGGAAACGGGCUAAGCACCACGAGCCAUGGGAUGCCCAGCAUGGGCGACAGCGUCACUCAGAAUCCCAGUACGAAGACUGCUCCGUUGGAGACCAUCUGUUAAAGAAUAAUCGGCCCUCGAACAUCGCGCUCUCGAGAUUCAAAGAUCUUUCCCGUAAACAGACAGAUCCACGGGAUCCGUUGGACGGGACGCAGAGCUGGCCACGUGUCUUUCCAGGCCAAACAGACACGGAAGUAUAGAAAGCGGAAAGUACACUGUAUACGAAGCGGUUAAAACGAAUCGACACCGGCCAAGCAGAACCCUUUCCCUCGAUAUCUUGCUACGUUUCAUCGAUCUUCGAGGACGAUGAUUCGUCGAACCGCUUCGCUGAUCGCGUUAGAAGGUCGCCGACCUCGAGACCGAUAAAUUCCUCAACCAGCAACGUUCAUCCCCGUUCCGGAUGACUUUGCCACUCGACCAGCCGCCGUUUUCACGGCAAAAUGUCCGCUCGAAUUAGUCCUCGAAUCCAUCCGUUGGAAAUUCUUCUCUCUCGAGGUCGUCGAUCUUGGUUGGAUACAGCAGUCGUGGCGAACAGAGACGACCGCUCGUCCCCGUGGACUUGGGAAUGUAGAAAACGGUACUACGACAGUCUGUCACUUUGAAUAGUUCAUUGUCUCGCUAGACAACACAAUGGAGAGCAGAGAAAACAACGCGAAGCGACAAAUAUUCAUAGAGAUCCCCCAGAGGGACAGUCGCGGCUUCGACUCGGUCGAGUAAGUACGCUUCGCGUUAAGAUCGUCGUUUCUACAACCGUCAAGUUCCCUCGAUUUCUCUCUAAUCUAAGGUCAGUUUAAUUAGGCGUACGAGAAUCUGGUGUCCAUUUUUCUGCAGGAUGAUAUCGAGAAACGCGUUGUUAUUUAUACCGUCUUUUUGGAAAUAAUUAUUUUGAUCCUAUUUUUGCUGUUCGAAUCGUUGAUAGAUCAUCCCGAAUGGGUCUCUCUCGUUGAUUUCUUCAAUUUUAUACAAGGACUCGACACGUCCAUGUCGUAGUUUGUUUAAAAUUUCGUACGAUUCAUAGUGAUAUUUGUUUUAAAGAAGAAUAAUACGAUCGGGACCAAAUUGUUGCAUAUUCAUAACCGAUUCCAAAGACUGAACAAUCGGGAUGACAAAUUCGAUGAAGUAUGCGACGACCUUGACCCGCGUUCACCGUCAUCCUGCCACGAAAGGACGAACCGUGAAUUCCAAGCUUUCCUCUCUUCGUUAUUCCUCGAGCGUAUCUAAAGCUGUCCGAUUUCCUUUAGCAUAAAUUUGCAUCGGCAUCGUAACCGGCUACAAUCCUGCCUGCCAUUAACAUGUAUCAUUAAGAGGUUUUUUUUGCAACGUGACCUCGUCUCGAUAUCGACCUCUUAAUAAAUCCCUUCCUGUCGAGGACAUUCUAAGCCAUUUUCCAUUUGUUAUCUUUGCGUGGAUAACUGCACAGCCAUUGAAAUUUUGAUAAUGAAAAUUUUUAUUUUGAAUAAAUGAAAGGACAUAAAAAUGUCUGAAGAAUUAGAAUUUGAAAGUACCUAGCUAUCCCGAUUGUCGACACAACAUAAUGUAUAUUAAUAUGGGCACAGAUGAUCGUACGACUAAUAGAGAGGUUCGAAAGAAAGUGUAUCCGCACUGCCAAAAUCGACUUGAAACGGUAAGACUUUCGAACGAACACCUUUACAACAACUUUUGAUAAGAAUUUACAGAUUAUAUUCGUAGUUUCAAUGGAAGCACAACGAAGCAUCGAACGACCUUCUUUUUUUUAUAUUUUUUAAUACACCUUAACCCUUAAGUUGGUAUUUCUUUGGAAAUUCAUCUGAUCCUUAUCGAGUUUAUUUCAUCGGCGAUUCCGUGGAAAUAUUUUAAUUGGAAUACAAACGAAAUACCGAUCGAAGGUGUUAAACGAACAAUACAAAAGCAAUGAAGUUCUCGUCGUAUCCUCGCUCAAGUUCGCGACGAGAGACGUUAUUCUUUCUUUAUUUUUCAUUGAUAUGAGUCACGCUUACACGAAAUCGUACGUAGGUAGGUCAGGGCAUAAUCGACGAGAAACUCGUGACAAUACACACUAGGAAUUCAAUGCCUUCUGAAAUGCCUUCCAAACGUGGUGUUCAAUGUGCCGAACUGUAUACAAUGGGCAAACAGCCGGAGACCGAGCGAAGUCUCCACGGUUCUUGCAUCGCGUGCGACCAUUCCCGCGAUUUCCGCUCGAACUUCCGAUGACAUUCCACGACAGAUUCGUUCAAAUUCAUCGAUUAAGGGUUUUACAUUGAAAUAAUCAACAGUGUAUACCUUGAAAUUUCUUUUAUUUUUCAAUAACUAUACAGUUCAUAUAGAAUUGGUAAUUUGAUUUUCUAUAAAAUUAAAGUCUGUCAGGUUUCUGAAAUUUCAUAGGAAGUGGCCGACGAUGAAGCAAGGACCGCCUAAAAACCGUCUCGCGUCUACGUAGAGUUUAGAGUACCUCGCACUCGGGUUUACUAUUCUUUAGAGCACAGGAACGCGUGAGUAGAGUAAUCAUUGUCAUUGUCAUUGUUUCUUCAGGUGCAUCCAAGAGACUGAUCCACGCGUUAUUCUUCGUUCUCAUGUUAGUCGAAACUAUCUGAACUCUGUGCGAGGAUUCGCUCAGUGGUAAAUUGUUUCUAGUCUAAAAUCAGAAAUGAAUUCGCAUCGAUAUUGAUGGUAUUAAUUUUAAAAGUGAGAAAAUUAUUCACAAACCUUUUCCAAAGCAAAAUGAAUCUUCCAUUUGAAAACAGAUAGUUUCGAAAACCAUACUAGUUCCUUUUCUUCUGUAUGAAUGAGAGUGGAAUGCUACGUCACGUCGUUGAAAUCUCACCGAUUUGCAAUAAUUCCUCGGUAAUAAAGGAUUAAAAUUACGGUGUUCUUCGACGAGAUACGUGUCCACUUUGCGUGCGUGGACGUUGCGAAUGAUCGCGUGACAAUGCGAAGCUUGUGUGAACGGCACCGUGUAAUUAGUGUAUCAACGAGCAUUAACUCGAUUAUAAAUCCCUCGCUGUGUAUAAUCGCGAUCGAACGAUCUGUAACGACGCGGCGGCAUGGCAAAACUCGCAGGAUAUUAAUAUUAUUAUUGAAUAUAUAAUAAAAAAGCGAAUGUUUUCGCGUGCGUUCCCAUCGAUCGUCGCUCGCCAUCGCAAUCCUUGUAGAUAACAUUCUCCUCCUCGUUAUAAUAUUAUUUGUAAUUAAAGCGUUGAUUGGCGUUGAUCAGGCAACGAUAACGCUGUUGCAACGCGCCUUCAGCGUGUAAGUUAUUCGCGUCCUUUUUACUGCAACCAGUUCGAGAUGAAGAUUCUCAUUCUUCUUCGAAAGAUAGCUGGUAGCAAGGAGGUCAUUUAGCGUUCACAACCAUAGUUUAGUCGGAUAGGUAGGAUAAUCGAUGAAGCAAGGUACAGACGUAGCCUUAUAUUAAUUUAUUCAAAGUAGUCGUUGUUGGAUAAGAGGAAAUGUAUACCCAUACACACGUACAAGUAAACAUAGGAGUAAUAAACGUACACGGUAGCUUGCCAGUAUAAAAGUAGAAUUAAGGUGAAACGUGAGAAGGGCACGAGAGGUGAUAGAGGAAAUUAGAAUAAAUUGGCGAGCAAUCAACGAUUAACAUUUUUAUUUAUUCAGUCACUGUUGUGUGUUUCAUUUUUGGUACAAUCAGACGACAAUCGAUCGUGAUUUAUAAUCUCAAUAAUUUCAACCCUUUCGCUUCGAUGCAAUUGCGACAAAAUAUGCUCGUUUUGAAUGACUGGACGUUGACAAGCGGAGUGCUUACGUUUGCGUUCUCCCUAAUAUGCAAUGAAAUUCAUCACGGUAAUUAGAAUCAUUUGUCGAAAAUAACGAAAUUUAUUUUAUUCUAUUUUUCAUCUUUCGGGGCCGAAAGGGUUGAAGAAUAACAACCCUUUUGCCAAUUUAUUCGUAAUCUAAGGUUCAUCGAAGACCUCGUGCCUUCGCGAUGUAAUUUCGCACCGUGAAAAAUUCAAUGUUGGACGGUAGUAUCGACCAUAAUAAAUGAAAAUUACAAAACCCAAAUCGUCCAUUCGAAACUGUAUUUAAUUAAGAGAAAAAAAAAAUUAACGAUAUAAGUACCGACAUAAAAUGCUUGAUAAAAUGAAAAGCACGAGGCUAAUUUCAACAUUGUAUUAUUCGCGGUCUGGCCAAAAUAGUUCGUCACUUUUUGUAUAUUUUUUACGAGAACGUAGAGAGAAACUGUUCCGUCGUAGACAUUGUUAUAUGUGUAUCGAGAAGAAGGAUUCUUCGCAGACACGGAGGCUAUAUAAAGAGACAAUAGUAUUAACUCGUCGAGCAUAUUAAAGACGAGUUUGUGACGAGCUCGUCUUGGCUCGAUUAACCAUGUAGAGAACAGCCAAUUAUCAUCGUGGUAGAGAAUUUACGAUUACAACGACCCUGUACUAAGGCCGAUCGUACACACCAUUCCUGUACAAUGUAUUGUAACAGUAUUUAAUAUCGCACUAAUGGUAUAAUAAAUGAUAACUGUUAGUA